GAGGCGGCGGAGGUGGAGCGAGGCGGGGACGCACGGGACUCGGGGAGCUCAUCUCGGGCACCGGGAGAGUACCCCGUGGCGGCGGGGCCGGGAUCGGGCGGCUCCGGGAGGAGAUAUGGGGACGGCCGACUCCAAGCUGAACUUCCGGAAGGCGGUCAUACAGCUCACCACCAAGACACAGCCUGUGGAGGCCACUGAUGAUGCUUUCUGGGACCAGUUCUGGGCAGACUCAGCCACGUCAGUACAGGACGUCUUUGCACUGGUUCCAGCAGCGGAGAUCAGGGCUGUGCGGGAGGAGUCCCCUUCUAACCUGGCCACCUUGUGCUAUAAGGCAGUAGAGAAGCUGGUGCAGGGAUCAGAGAGCGGCUGCCACUCAGAAAAAGAGAAGCAGAUUGUUCUCAACUGUUGCAGGCUCCUCACUCGUGUGCUGCCCUACAUCUUUGAGGAUCCUGAUUGGAGGGGCUUCUUUUGGUCCACGGUGCCUGGAGCUGGCCAAGAAGGGGGUGAGGAGGAUGAGAAUGCCCGGCCCCUGGCAGAGUCCCUGCUCUUGGCCAUUGCUGACCUGCUCUUCUGCCCAGACUUUACUGUCCAGAGCCACCGAAAGAGUGCCGUGGACUCAGCAGAAGACAUUCACUCCUUGGACAGCUGUGAGUACAUCUGGGAGGCUGGAGUGGGUUUUGCCCACUCUCCACAGCCCAACUAUACCCAUGACCUGAACCGGACCGAGCUGCUGAAGUUGCUACUGACUUGUUUCUCUGAGGCCAUGUACCUGCCUCCAGCCCCUGAUAGCAACAGUGCCAACCCCUGGGUGCAAUUCUUCUGCUCCACAGAGAAUAGACACGCACUGCCGCUCUUUACCUCCCUUCUUAACAUCGUCUGUGCCUAUGACCCGGUGGGCUAUGGGAUUCCUUACAACCACUGGCUAUUCUCCGACUAUCGAGAGCCACUAGUGGAAGAGGCAGCCCAGGUGCUUAUUGUGACCUUGGACUAUGACAGUGCUACCAGCGCCAGCCCCACAAUAGAUGGAACUACCACGGGUACUGCAAUGGAUGAUUCGGAUCCUCCAGGCCCUGAAAAUCUAUUUGUGAACUACCUGUCCCGAAUUCACCGCGAGGAGGACUUUCAGUUCAUCCUUAAGGGUGUGGCCCGGUUGCUCUCCAACCCUCUGCUUCAGACCUACCUACCUAACUCAGCCAAGAAAAUCCAAUUCCAUCAGGAAUUGCUAGUCCUGUUUUGGAAGCUCUGUGACUUUAACAAGAAAUUCCUCUUCUUCGUGUUGAAGAGCAGUGAUGUGUUGGAUAUCCUCGUCCCCAUCCUCUUCUUCCUCAAUGAUGCUAGAGCUGAUCAGUCUCGAGUGGGCCUGAUGCACAUUGGAGUUUUUAUAUUGUUGCUCCUGAGUGGAGAACGAAACUUUGGGGUUCGGUUGAACAAGCCCUAUUCUGUUCGAGUCCCCAUGGACAUCCCAGUUUUCACUGGCACCCAUGCUGACCUGCUAAUUGUGGUGUUCCACAAGAUCAUCACCAGCGGCCAUCAACGCCUACAGCCCCUCUUUGAUUGCUUGCUCACCAUCAUAGUCAAUGUGUCUCCAUAUCUCAAGAGCCUGUCCAUGGUUGCAGCCAAUAAACUACUCCACCUUUUGGAGGCUUUCUCUACCACCUGGUUCCUGUUUUCUGCUGUCCAGAACCAUCACCUGGUCUUCUUUCUCCUGGAGGUCUUUAACAACAUCAUUCAGUACCAGUUUGAUGGCAACUCAAACCUCGUCUAUGCUAUCAUUCGAAAGCGAAGCGUCUUCCACCAGUUGGCCAACCUGCCCACAGACGUGCCCUCCAUCCACAAAGCUCUGCAGCGUCGAAGGCGGAACCCUGAGACCUUAUCUCGAACCAACUCCCAGGAGGGUGUCUCCAUGGAGGGCUCCUGCCCUGCUGCACCUGCUGAGCCUGGGACCCUCAAGACCAGCCUAGUGGCUACACCAGCUAUCUUCAUUCACCUACAUCACUGCCCUCCACUCCCCCCGCCCCAAGGCAUUGACAAGCUGACAGAAAAGUCCCAGGUGUCUGAGGAUGGAACAAUGAAAUCUUUGGAGCCUGAGUCCGGUCGGAGCCCAGCUGAGAGCAGUUCCCCAGCCAGGACAAGCGAGAGAGAGGUGUGGAAUGGGGAGCCUGGCCAAGCUUGUCGAGAACAACAACAAUCACCCACUGCUUCAACGGGCGGGCAGUGGAACCCAACUCCAGACUGGGUCCUCUCCUGGAAGUCCAAGCUUCCAUUACAGACCAUCAUGAGGCUGCUGCAGGUAUUGGUGCCUCAGGUGGAGAAGAUCUGCAUUGAUAAGGGGCUGACAGAUGAAUCCGAAAUCCUCAAGUUUCUUCAGCACGGCACACUGGUAGGGCUGCUACCUGUGCCUCAUCCCAUCCUCAUCCGCAAAUACCAGGCCAACUCGGGCACUGCCAUGUGGUUCCGCACCUACAUGUGGGGUGUCAUCUAUCUAAGGAAUGUGGACCCACCAGUCUGGUAUGACACUGACGUGAAGCUGUUUGAGAUCCAGCGGGUGUGAGCAGAAGAGAGCCAAAGACAGGAGAAGAGGGAAGGGGUUUGAGGGGCUGGGUGCCAAGGGCAUCCCUUCACCCUUCACCCUUCCCUGCCUGGCUCCCUUUCUUCUGAAUGCCAUCUGAAGCUUUAUUAUCACUCUGAUCUGAGGAAGGGGGUGGGGAAGCAGUCAGGUCUAACUUCCCCAAAAGUUCUGCCCAGGGAUGGGGGAAAUGGGGGGAAACCUGCCGUGCCCUUCCCCGCACCUGGCUUAUGAAGUCUUCCUGCCUCUGACGCUGGUUACUGAAGACAACAAAGAUCAGAAGGCAGAGCCAAGGAAGGGGAAGCUCCCUCUUAGUAGAUACCUCUUGGUGUCCCAGGGCCAAACUUCCAUUUCAAGUCUGUAUUAUAGUCCUGGCUCCCCUGAAGACUUGUUUCUAUACCACCCUUUAUAUGUAAACCCUCUUCUGACUGUACCCUCCUGGUCCUUCCUGCAAGUGGCUCGGAGAGUCCUGGCCCCUUCAGAGGGGUAACUUUUAGUCUGAGGUCCCCACUAUCUGAGUAGUAGUGGGGAAGCUGAAGUGGGAGUUCUGGGAUGCCCUUUACCUCCCACUACAAAACAUUACUCAUUCCAUACCAAACAUGCCACUGAGGCUGAGGGGCUCAUAGGAAGAAUUGGGCCCAGGGAGCUUUUUUAGGGUUUUUUUUUGGGGGGGUGAGAAAGGGGUAACAAUUCCAACCUGGAUUUUGGGCCCAGGUGACCAUAUAAUCCCCAUGUCCAUAUUUUCACAUUUGUACAAAGCCCUGUUCUAUGGGAAUUUUUUCAUAAACCAUUCCUCAGACAGAAAUAUGACAGGGGGAGCAACCCCACCCCCCAUUCUAAUUACAGCUUUAUCUUGAAGGGCAGAGAACCUGUUUGUCCCCAUCUUGGGUAAGUGGAGGGGAAUCAAAAGGAAAACAAUCCAAGAUACCCUCCCUCUUCUUCCCCUCGGCUGUCUCAGCUGGUUCCCCCCAAACCCUCAGUCCUCAGUUCUGUCCUCCAACCUUGUUACCCAUCCCUGGUUAACCCCCACUCUCUGCCUGUGUCAGUACAAUCUUAACUUUCAAGCACUAGAGACGCACUGUACAAUCUCCUACUUUACACAAAAUUAAAAUCUCCCUUUUCCUGGCUGUGUA